UCAAACCGUCCAGGUCUCCUUCCACCCAAACCAAGGAGGCCGCUUGUUGUAGCGUUACUAGCUGCGAUGGCGGAAUCUAGGCGAGUUGAUCUGACCACUUUGAACUGUGGUCUACAUUCAUCUUCUAGCCAGCUUUCUUCGGUCCAGAGGUCCCGGUCAGGUGGUCUGUGUCCUGCAGACAAGUUUCCAGGCUCGCCUGCUGACACCGACACGGUCCGGCUGGUCCUCUCGUUGUUUGACCCCGAUGAACGGAGCUUUCCGGAGUUCAGCUACACUCAGCUCGUCGACAACAAGAUCAGUGACUCAAAAGAUAAAGCCCCACUGAGCAGAUAUGAAGAAGGAAGAGAGAAUGAUGAGGUUGUUGCCAUUGCAAAGAAGCUGGAGAAAAAAUAUGGUAGAAGCCUGAAGAAAAAGGACCGCAUUCAGGACCUCAUUGAUAUUGGCUACGGAUAUGAUGAAGAGGAUUCUUUCAUUGACAACUCUGAGGCUUAUGAUGAGUUUGUGCCAGCCUCCAUCACCACCAAAUUUGGUGGCUUCUACGUGAAUUCAGGCGUGCUGCAGUUCCGCCAGGCUUCAGACUGUGACACCGAGACGGAGGAUCUCAGAACAGAGGAGAAAACACUUAAGCCCUCAAAAAAACGUCAUCACAGUGGUGGACAAGAUAAGCCGAAGAAGUGGUGCAGAGAAGAUGGAGAGAGGAAAACCAAUAUGGAGUCUAGGUCGAGCAUUUUGUCUGGAAUCUCCCUAGCUCAUGAGAUGAAAAAGAAGAAAAGGACUGUCGGCACACUAAGUGUCACUAGAAUGCUGAAAAAGUUUCAAAGAGAGAAAGAGAAGAAACAGAAAAUGGAGAAAGCAAAUCUGAAGGCAGCUGUAAUUAUGGAUGGACCCACAAUUCCUCGGUGUCCGGCAGAUGCCGCUGGCGGUGGAGGCUUAGGAUUGACUGAGCCUCUUCUUAGUUUAAUUGGAUCCACCAAUGACCACACUCUCAUCCAGGCAGCCAGCACAGUGGAUUUUGAUAUUGAUUUGGACUCUCUAUUAGAUGUCACUGAGGCUUCAUUGCCAGAAUCACUUCCUCAACCUGCUGCAGAGACGCAGCUCUUCAAACCAACAGACGAUCGGGGCCAGUUGAAUGUUUCUGCUGAAGCCCAAACUCCAAAGAUGAAUUUGCAGCCAAAAGCUCAUUCAGAACAAAUACAGCUCCUGUCCGAAGCCAGUUCUGCCUCUUCACAUCAGUGUGUCCCUCUACCAGAGGGACUUCCUCCAGGAUUGGAAGAGAACAUUAGAAAACUGAUGGUGGCUGCCAGGACUUCAGAGGGAGGGUCAAAACUGAAGUUCUUCACUCCAGAAAUCAACUCAAUCCUGCUAGAUAUUGAGUUGCAGUGUCGGGAACGGGGCAGCCACUUGCGCUCCAAGGUGUACACGCACACGUCGUCUUUUCUGCCCUGCAGCAGAGAAACUCUCCUCAAACGUGUAAAGAAACUGUUACUCACACACAUGGAGGGACCCCCUGACACAGAAGAUCCCAUGCAGAGACUUAAGGAGGCCGUCAGCAGAGCCAUGUCGGAGCAGACUGAGCGUUACCAUGAAAAGUGCCAAGUAUAUGAGCAAGUCAAGGCUUCAAAGGCAACAGAGGAGGGGAAACAGAAGAUGAAUGUUGUUGCAGAGGACAAUGUGGAGGAGAGAAGUGGAAAAAGAGGUCCCAAGAAGCUGUUCAAAUGGAAUGAGGAGAUCAGAGAGUGCUUGUGUCAUGUCUUGGGACCAAAAAUGGACAAAUAUAAAAAGGAAGGCAAAGGGAGCCAGGAGACGGAGGAGUACCUUAAGACGUUGCUAGAUAAUGAAGUCAAACCACUUUGGCCAAAAGGAUGGAUGCAGUCCAGGGCGCUGUUAAGGGAGAGCAGGAAAUUAGGCUUCUUUACUUCGUUACCAGUUAAGAAGGCCAGAUCUGAUAAGAAGCAGCCCUUCAUCAGUGGUGCUUCCGCAGUGUUGGAUGCUCUCCAGGGAACUCCCCCAGUGAAAGAACAGCUCUCCCAGGAAACAGAAGAUGUCCUUAUAGAAGGCUCUGGUGUCACCACUUCUAUGUCACUUGGUGCUGUGUUGAAGGAAGCUGAAGUCUUAAAAAAGGGGGAGGGUAAAAAAGCAGGAGGGGUGGUGGUGGCCAUGUGUUCCUCUACAUCUGCAGUGUCAGAAGAUCCUCUGGUCAGCGCCACAUCUGCUCCCACUCGUUCACUUCUGGAGCUCCUUGCUGAUCACACGCUUGCUCAGGAGCAGACUCUCUCAGUUCCCCAAGAGCUCCUCGCAGCAGCUGUUCCAAACUACAGACAUUCAGUUCAGCACUGGAGCUUUGGGUCGGAUCCCAGAGGUUCUCCCUUUUUUCCUCCAGCUCCUCAGUCCAGUCCAAUCGAAUUCCCAGUCAGCGGGGUAUGUCAUGAUGUUUUGCCCCAGCUGCUGCAGUCUCAGCACUUCGCCAGGCUCAUAGAUGCUGGCCAUCUGCAAAUCCUCGCUGAUGAGGUUGAUAAUGCCAUACAAUGACAGCUCUCAAUGGAAAUGUGCACCCAGUAAGUUUUCCUUACUGUAUUUACUUUGUAUUGGUAAAGCUUUAGAUUACCUUAAGUGUUCUUUAUUGGCAGAAGGAUUAAAGGGGUAAUACAUUAAUUUAAAUUUUCACUUCUAUAAGGUGGGGGAGAGAGAGAAAAUAAAUAAGAAUGACCAGCAGAGGUUAAAUUACACUUUAAUGCUUACUAUGGGUGAAGCAAAUACACUGGGUCCUACAUAUCCCAUAAUGCAAGCAAUUGCUUAUUUAUUUAUUUAGAUCAUCCCUGCCUCUGUCAGACUCCACACUUUGACUAAGUAAAAGGUCACUUACCUGGCUUUCCAUGAAACCUGAGCACCAUGCAUCAACUGGUGAAGACCAGGAGCUGUGAAAAAGGAAAAAGCAAAUCGGUGGAUUUUGGCUCAAUAUUAUGUUGCCAAGCUUGUGAACUGGAGUUUUGAAGGAGUGUUAGGGUUCAUUGUUGACUUUGGAAAUGUGAUGUACACUUUCUGUGGAAAUCUCCAAGCCUGAGCAGAGAGAGCCUGAUGACAUCAGCAGGGUUGUCAAACUCAGUAGUGCCCUAUUUGAUGAGUAACCCGACUUCAAUGUUACUAAUACCUCAGUUGUCAGUUUAUCAGGUACUGAAGCUGAAACCAAAUCUAAUACAGCAGCCCUACAAUAAAUCUUCCCUUCAUGAAGGUGUAAAUGUUUUGUUUUUUGUAUUGCUCUAAAGCAUUUUAAACAAAAACUGAAUGUUAUCACUUUCAGAAAGCAAUGAUUCAUUGCAGGGCUGUUUUAUUAGACUUGGCUUGUUCAGUGCCUGAUAAAGUGACUUAAGUGCUACAAAAUACUGUACCUUGUACAUUUCAAUAACUUAAGUGCUAGUGACACAGCUGUAUGAUGCUGAGUGAGCCCAGACAUUUAAAAUGGAUAUACGAUGACUCGCGUUUUCUUUCUAGAUGGGAGCAGUGCUCUUGGUGUUGGACUGGGCAGCAUUCUGACAGAGUAGUUACAGUACCAAAGUCAACGGUAAUAAAUGGCUUCCCAGCCAUAGAUAAUAGGCUAAUAUUAAAAAUUCACUACAGCCACAAGCUGUGGUUUUUGACUGUGGUCAUUUGCUUUCUGUCAUCUUUGUAUUUAUCAUCUGAGACAGAAAAACCCACAGAAGGUGGUUUUGAACCAAUGAAACAUGAAGUGGCACUUUACCAAUGAGCAGAAUAGUGAACUGAGAUACAGUACCAUUCCUUAUUUAAAGCGGUGGAGGCUUAGGAUUGACUUAACCCUGUAUGGCAGGUAUGUUUAAGCUUUUCAAGUGUAAAUAAUUGACUUAAUAAAAGGUUGUGUGCGGUGUAGCCAUUUCUUUUGAGCCUAAAAGUUUAGAAUGUUUUGUUUGUGCACUGCAUCCAAAGGGAUAUUUGUUGUUUUUCAUGUUAAUUGAAAAAGGGUUGUGUUCACAUUUUUCUCGUUGAAGGACUGCACGCUAAAUCAAAGCUGUGAUGUGAACACCAGCCAGCGGAAUUUAAUUUCGAGUUGUGUAGUUUGAAACAUGUUACUGUUUGCACUUCAUAUAAUCAAGUUGUCAGUGUUGUAUAUCAAUGAUU